AUGUCCGCCUAUCGAUCGGACACCGGCCGCAGGGUGUCAGAUUGGCCAGGAGAGAGCUGGAAUUGGGCGACUCAUCAGAAGGGCCGAGGGCACACUGUUUCGGCUGGCGAGCCUCAUCCCCUCACCGACUACCACGGGCCCCGCUCCCGUCAUUUUGAUCCCUGGCUUCUCGAAGCUACCAAUCACAGCGACAGUGGCCAUGGUCAAGGGAGGCUGCCAUGGAUAAGCCCUCAAUGGCCUCCGAUCGCUGACUCGCUAUCAGAAACUUGCCGCACCCGCGCAGCGAUGCCUGAAGACACACAAACUCAAUCAAAGCCAGCUUCCCUUCUCUUCGCUCACGCGCAACCUGAAGCCCAGCGCAAGGCAUUGGGUCCUGCGGCGCAGGGAGUGAUCGCCAGGCGCAGCCCGACUGCAGAUGAGCAAACUCGACCCGCCUCGAUUUCUGAGUUUGAUUUUGACCCUGAAGAUCUCGAUUGGGACGGCGACAUGAGCAUCGACGGUGAAAGCGAGGAACUCUACCAAGGCGAGAAUGUCUCUGGUAGCGACGUUCACGAAGGACCCGCCACUCAGCCCGAGCUUGCGGCUGCCUCGACACUCUCACCGAAUCUUAACUUGUGGCUACCGAUGAAGAAGGUUAGACUCAAGGUCAAACAGCUACUGAUCACGCUCCUGGAUCGAGGUAUCCUCCGCACGUCCCGGACGAAGGCGAUGCACAUACCAAAGUGGUACCUGGACGAGUUGAUCGAGAAGACAGGUAGGACGGACCCGUACGACGGAAGCUACAGGGGAUAUGUGAUACACCAGGUGCCCAGACAGAGUGCCACCGAAGCGAAGAGAACGUAUGCUUUUCUGGACCCGGCAAGUGCGAGCAAGUCUCGGAUGCCCCUGCGGGCCCUGAUCACGAGGGAGAAGACCAAACAUAGUCAUAUUGGCGUACUCUGGAUUAUGCAAGUUCAGCGAUGGCCGCUGGAUCCUCCUCACUCCCUGACCCGCCUCGGAUCUCAAGGCUUACGGGAGCCACAGUGCUGUCUUUUACGGAAAGGUCGUGACGCGCGCUAUGCCGCUGAGAUGGCUGAGGGCGCUACUCAAGCGGACGGACGAGGAGACCGCGGAUCGACAAGCUGGGGAGGUGCGGAACGGCGCCGGUCAGCUGGUCAUUCACAAUACUGCUCCGAUCGGGGAGCCGAUGGCGCCUACUCUGCUCGAUUGCAGGGAGAAGAUGGGUCCUGA